AUGCCCACUCAAGUCCGUAUAUUUGCUAUGCCAAAGUCUCUUGGUGAGACUUUAGCUAGCAGUAAACCAUCCUCGAUACCACGUUCUUUGCCAGAUCUACCCAACGGCAAAUAUACAGAAUCUUUAUCUCAGAACCAAAGACCUACACUGUCGGCCAUGGAAGAUUCACCAAAGUCCGAGGGCAUCACAUAUGCCGGCCAGGACUCUCUUCCCAAGUUACCCAUUCCUGAUCUGGAACACACGUGCGAGAAAUAUCUUGCCGCACUUAAGCCCCUCCAAGGCGCGAGGGAGCACGCCGAGACCAAACAUGCCGUCCAAGAGUUCCUAAAGCACGAUGGGCCCGGCUUGCAGGAGAAGCUGCAGAAGUAUGCCGUCGGCAAGACAAGCUAUAUAGAGCAAUUCUGGUACGACUCGUACCUCAAUUUCGACAACCCGGUCGUUUUGAACUUGAACCCCUUCUUCCUUUUGGAGGAUGAUCCGACACCAGCACGAAAUAACCAAGUCACACGGGCCGCAUCCCUUGUUGUAUCAGCAUUGGAAUUCGUGAGAGCAGUUCGAUUAGAAGAAUUACCACCAGACACUCUCAGAGGGAAACCACUUGAUAUGUACCAAUAUUCGAGACUCUUUGGAACAUCAAGAGUGCCGACAGAACACGGUUGCCAGAUUGAGCAAGACACGGACUCGAAACAUCUAGUUGUUCUUUGCCAUGGUCAAUUCUACUGGUUCGAUGUGCUGGACGACCAGAAUGACCUCAUCAUGACUGAAAAAGAUUUGAGCAUCAACCUUCAGACCAUUAUUGAUGACGCCGCACAAACACCCAUCCAAGAUGCUGCGAAAGGCGCCUUGGGCAUUUUGAGUACCGAAAACCGAAAGAUCUGGUCUGGGCUGAGAGAUACUCUUACUCGAGAAGAGGGAUCCAAUAACGCAGACUGCUUGGGGAUUGUUGACUCGGCCUUGUUUAUGAUUUGUCUCGAUUACACGGAGCCCGACACAGCGGCCAAACUCUGCCAGAAUAUGCUAUGCGGAACCAGUCAGGUGGAAAAGGGCGUUCAGAUCGGCACCUGCAUCAACAGGUGGUACGACAAGCUGCAGAUCAUCGUUUGCAAGAACGGGAGCGCUGGCAUCAAUUUCGAACAUACUGGCGUUGACGGCCACACUGUGCUACGAUUUGCCAGCGACGUAUAUACAGAUACCAUCUUGCGUUUUGCAAGGACUAUCAAUGGCAAAGCACCAAGUUUGUGGAAGACGACCAGUCCAGACCCUUCCAAGCGAGACCCUGAAAGCUUUGGAGAUGUCAACACCACGCCCCACAAGCUCGAAUGGGACAUGCUCCCAGAACUCAGCAUUGCAGUGCGGUUUGCCGAGACGAGGUUAGCGGAUCUCAUCGUACAAAACGAGUUUGAGUGCCUGGACUUUAGCGGAUAUGGCAAGAACUUCAUCACAUCCAUGGGAUUCUCACCUGAUGCCUUUGUCCAAAUGGCCUUCCAGGCUGCCUACUAUGGCCUUUACGGACGAGUCGAGUGUACUUAUGAGCCCUCCAUGACCAAGAUGUUCCUCCACGGGCGUACCGAAGCCAUUCGAUCAGUGACGGAAGAUUCUGUCAACUUUGUACAAACAUUUUGGGCAGAUCAUCCUGCCGAGGUAAAGGUGGAAGCCCUGCGCAAGGCCACCCAAAAGCAUGUUGAGAACACCAAGGACUGUGCUAUGGCCAAGGGCUGCGACAGACAUCUUUAUGCACUAUUUUGUGUCUGGCAAAAGUAUAUCGACGAGCAGAAUGGUGGGCCGUUCAGCGACUACUCCAGUCAGAUAGACUCGGGAUCAGACAGAGACUGGUCCUCUCCCGUGGGAAGCCCGGGCAACGAGUCUGUGCUAUCCGCGGAAGACGAUACAAGAACCAGGAAUCGCGGUGAUAGCACAGGCUCGAGAUCGCGAGACCAUCCAGUGCCUUCUCUCUUUACAGACCCGGGUUGGGACAAGCUUAACACGACGAUUCUUUCAACUUCCAACUGCGGCAACCCAUCCCUGCGGCACUUUGGCUUUGGACCCACGUCUGGAGACGGCUUCGGCAUUGGCUACAUCAUCAAGGACGACGGUAUCUCCAUUUCGGUGGCGAGCAAGCACCGGCAGACCAAGCGCUUUGUCGACGCCCUCGAGAGCUACCUGCUCGAGAUCCGCCGCGUGCUGCGCAUCACCAACCGCCGCGCUACCUCGACCAAGCAGACGCGCGCCCGCGAGAUUGACCAUGCCAAGGUAAAGACGGGUAGCCGCCUCAAGGCCCGUGGCCGCAUGAUUACGGGCACCGAGGCCAUUCGCCGCGAGGCUCGGUCUGCGGCUGGCACGCGGUCGCCUACUGAGGAUAGUAUGGCCACGAGUGAGGAUGACGAGCUUGGGGGCUAUGGUUUCUUUGAUGCAGGCAUGUUGUUACAAGCCCUCAAGGCCCGAGGCGAGGCUCUAGACAAUGGGGAGGUAAAGGCCUCUGAAAAGGCCCGGCGGCGGGAUGUAGGCAAGAAGUUGAGACUGGUAGAAUAUUAG